UCAUUUCCCUCCAUGGUUUCUCCUCUCCCUGAGUAACUUGCCGUUUGGCUCACACUUCAUUAUACAGUCCCAUAUUCUCCCUCCAUUAGGGCAUCUCUCUGCCUUUUGGACGGAAUAAAUUUCCCACUGAAACCCAGGAGAAAAAAAAAAAAAAAAAAACUUUUAAAAGGGGAAGAUGGACAUGAAAAAGAGGAUCCACUUAGAACUGAGAAACAGGACGCCGUCAGAUGUACGAGAACUGGUCCUGGACAACUGCAGGUCGAACGAAGGCAAAAUUGAAGGCCUAACAGCGGAGUUUGUGAACCUCGAAUUCCUCAGCUUAAUAAACGUUGGCUUAAUCUCUGUUUCAAACCUCCCAAAACUCUCCAAAUUGAAAAAGCUGGAACUCAGUGACAACAGAAUUUCUGGUGCCCUUGAUGUGUUAGCAGAGAAACUCCCAAACCUUACACAUCUAAACCUCAGUGGAAACAAACUGAAAGACAUCAGCACGUUGGAACCUUUGAAAAAGCUAGACAGCCUGAAGAGUCUGGACCUGUUUAACUGUGAAGUGACGAACUUGAAUGACUACCGCGAGAGUGUCUUCAAGCUGCUGCCCCGGCUCACGUACUUGGACGGCUACGACCUGGAGGACAAAGAGGCCUCCGACUCGGACGGGGAGGUCGAUGGCGUGGACGAGGACGACGACGAAGAAGACGAGGAUGAGGACGGAGAGGAUUUUGAUGAAGAGGAUGACGAAGACGAUGACGAUGAAGAUGAGGAAGUAGAAAGGGAGGAGGAUGAUGAAGAAGUCAGCGGGGAAGAGGAGGAGGAAGAUGGACAGGAUGGAGAGGUUGAUGACGAAGAUGACGAGGAGGAGGAGGAGGAGGAGGAGGAAGAUGAAGAUUUUUCUAUUUCAGAUGAGGAGGGCGGUAAAGGUGAAAAGAGAAAGCGAGAGCCUGAGGAUGAAGAUGAUGAAGAUGAUGAUGAUGAUGAGGAUGAUUAAUGGAAGCCAUACCCUCGCCCCCACACCUUACAGAUACACACACACAAACACACACACACCUCUGCCCUCCUGUAUUUCCACUCACUCCACCCCAAAGAUGUCCCUAAAAGGACUGGUUAGUUUUGGUUGAGCUGACCUGUGGUUAUGUGACUGUAGAGCAUGUGCCUAGCACCAUACUACAGAUUUGACACACCAGCCCCAGGCCUUCUGCCUCAUGAAGGAGUUUUAAGAGCUGUGUUCCUUUCAACAUUUCACAUUUCUACCAUCCGUCCCUUGUACAAAUCCACAAGAGGACUUUGGGUAUAUCCAGUAUGGGUCAGUGCUUUUAAUAUUGUGUUGGGGGCUCUUUGGGUAUUUUUUUUUAUUUUUCUCUUCUCCUCUUCUUUCUCAGUAAGACUAUUUCUGUAGCAGCAACAAGAACAGAGGCUGUGAUUGGUGGUUUUGAUUGCUACGUUUUUCAACAAAAAAAAGUUAUAGCAACAUUUUUACUUUAUGUAAGUCAAAAGAAAAAAACUUUGUAAAUAAAAUCUUAACAUUUUG